UUAUUUCAGAUUUGAUGAAAUUUUUAAAUGUGAAUAAGAAAUUUAUAUUAACAUAGCAAAAUCAGACGAAUAACAAUAAGAUGAAUAAAGAUUCAUGCUUAAAUUACCUGUAGAGUAUUGCUAGGUGCAAGAACUAAAAGCAAUGAAUAAAUAUAUAAGCAUAAAUGGGGAUACAAAACUUAAUUAAAAAGAGAAGUUAACACUUUACCGACCGAUUAAUCGACCGUUUACGAUGAGCGAAAAGAAUGGUAUUGAAGAGUUUUAUUUAGACGAUUUAUCAGAUUAUUCUGACAGUUAUUCAGGAAGUGAUAGUGAUGACGAAAGUGAUGACAGCGAUAUAAUAAUUCAAAAGUGGGGUUCUGUAUUGCCAGUAAGAUGUAGUUAUUCAGAAGACGACGAGAUGAGUAGCAUCGAAGACGGUACAAAUAACAUUGAAAAUAUAUGGUCGACAGAAGAUGAAGCGAUAAUUUUGGAACCUUUUGAAGGCAGCCCUGGUAUAAAAAUAAUGCCUAGUUCUACAGAAAAUGUGAUGGACAGCGUCAAUUUAUUUAUUGGAAUGGACUUUUUCGAGCACUUAGUGAAGGAAUCCAACAGAUAUCAUUACCAGAUCAUACAAAAAGAUAAAAUUCCAUCAAGAGUGAAAAAAUGGACAGAUAUAACGGUAAUGGAAAUGAAAAAAAUGUUGGGAUUAAUACUUCUAAUGGGUCAGGUAAAAAAAGACGUGUUUUACGACUAUUGGUCAACAGAUCCAAGUAUAGAAACUCCAUUCUUUUCGCAAAUCAUGACCAGAAAUAGAUUUGUGCAAAUAAUGCAGAGCUGGCAUUUUUGCAAUAACAACAAUAUUCCUCACAAUGCAAGGCUUGCUAAAAUCCAGCCUGUCAUUGAUUAUUUACAGCGAAAAUUUAACGAUGUAUAUAAGCCCAAUCAACAAUUAUCUUUGGAUGAAUGUAUAAUUCCAUGGAGAGGUCGAUUAUCCAUUAAUCCGGCAAAAAUUGCAAAACACGGAAUACAUGUAAAAAUGCUGUGUGAAGCUGUCACAGGAUACAUAUGCAAUUUUCACGUAUAUGAUGUCGAUGGCAAAAAAUCGGAAAAUUUAACGGUUAUUGAACCAUAUAAAAACAUAUGGCACCACAUUUAUCAAGACAAUUAUCAUAACAGCGUCAAAAUGGCUAAAAUCCUACUGCAAAAUAAAGUGCGAGUAUGCGGAACCAUUCGAAAAAAUAAAGGUCUUCCUCCAUCUCUACAAACAUUACGACUUUCAAGAGGUCAGCACAAAUUUCGUAGGAAUCGUCAAAUUUUGUUAGAAGUAUGGAAUAAUGGCAAAAAAAAUAUAAAUAUGAUAUCUACUAUACAUUCUGCACAAUUGACGGAAUCCACAAGCAAAACUAAAAGAUCAAAUGCCCCAAUACAAAAGCCCAAUUCCAUCACAGAUUUUAACAGAUAUACGAAAGGAGUAGAUCGCGCGGAACAAUAUCUAGCAUACUAUUCCAUUUUUAGAAAAACAAAAAAAUGGACUAAACGGGUUGUAAUGUUUUUUAUAAACUGUGCGCUUUUUAAUUCAUUCAAAGUAUACACAGUUUUAAACGGAAAAAAUAUUACGUACAAGAAUUUCUUGCACAAGGUGGCAGUUUCGUGGAUAGAAGAUGAAACCAAUUGUAUGGAACAAGAUGACAAUAUACCUAGUUCUGCACCCACGAGGAGAGCACCCAAAUUAGACAAUCCCGGAAGACUCGCCAAUUUCGGAAAACAUAAACUUAUAAACAUAGUAACUAGUGGUAAAAGUGUAAAACCCCAAAGACAAUGUAGAGUUUGUGCUGUUCGAAAAAAAAGAAGUAGAACAUGUUUUGUUUGCAAAUUUUGUAAUGUUCCAUUACAUAAAGGUGAUUGUUUUGAACGGUAUCAUACCUUGAAAAAAUAUUAAUUAUUUAUUUGAAUUAUGAUAUUAUUAUAUAAUUAUUAAACUGA